AUGGCAGUGGCAUGGGAGGAGUAUUUCCGACUGGCCUUCCAAGAGAAAGCGCCUACGAAGCCACCAGAGCAGAAUGUGGACCACUUUCCACCCCUGCUGCGUCUCCUGGAGAAGAAGCAAGAGCUAGCAGCUGUAGACCAGGGUCUGCAGGCCCAGAAGGAGGAGUUCCGCAACACGAUGGCCACCCUGAGCCAGCGCUGGGCACAGCUGGAGCAGAAAGAGCAGGCGCUGAAGGAGUCCUUCAUCCGCUUUGACAAAUUCCUGCAGGAUGCCGAGGUACGGCGGCGGGGCCGCGCACAGUGGAGAGCAGCGGAGGAGGGGCACGGAGUGCGACACCAGGAGGCAGAGGCGCUGCGGCUACGCGCACAGCUGUAGGAGCUGCGGCGGGAGCGCGCGCGGCUGCAGCACAGGCUGAGGCGCCUGGAGCCCUGCGCGCGCCUGCUGGAGCGCGUGCUGGAGCAGCUGCCUGAGUUUCAGGAGAUUCCAGAACUGGUGGCACGCUUCGAUGGCCUGGUAGACACACAGGCAGCAUUGAAGCUGGCAGAGCGCAAACGACAGGUGGAGUUGGAUGAGACCCGUGCUCAGCUGCAUCGUCUUCGGGAAGCCAAGCAAGAUGAGCUGCUGCAUCUGGGCCAGCAGCGUGCACAGCUGCGAGAGCAGCUGGAGGCAGCGCAUGAGCGUACACUGCAGUGGGAAUCCAAGUGGACUCAAAUCCAGAACACUGCGGCGGCUAAGACGCUGCUCCUAGGACGCACUCGGAUGUCUGUGCUCAACCUGUAUCAGCUUGUGUGCCUGCGCCAGAGUCAGCCUCUAGCCCUGGAUGUGGAGGACACAGAGGGGCAGCUAGAAGAGGUGAAGCAGUUCAUCCUGAACCUCUCAGCAACACUGACCAGCCUUGCCCAGGACAAGCCCACAGCCACUGCCUCCUAGUCCGGCCAGGAGAGCAGCGAAGGGGACAUGAGGGACUGAGUUCUACAUUCCUUGGUAUGAAGACUCAACACAACGGCUCUCUAAAUGCUUCC